AUGAGGAGCAUUAAAUCAGUUGUUGUAGGAGAUGGAGGGGUGGGUAAAACCUGUUUAUUAAUAUCCUACACAACAAACACAUUCCCCGAUGAUUACAUCCCAACAGUAUUUGAUAAUUAUUCAGCAUCCGUGUUAAUUGAUGGUGAACCCAUCAAGUUGGGGUUAUGGGAUACGGCAGGACAGUCGGAGUACGAUAGAUUAAGACCAUUGUCAUAUCCACAGACGGAAAUCUUUUUGUGCUGUUUCUCAGUAGUUAGUCCUGAUUCAUUCCAAAACAUCAAAUUAAAAUGGAUUCCUGAAAUACAUCAUCAUUGUCCUAAAGAUGUGUUGAUAUUGUUGAUUGGUACCAAGACGGAUCUACGCGACGACCCUCAUUCUUUGGAUGACUUGAGAGCAAAAGGUGUGAAACCAAUAACUGAAGAACAAGGUAUAAAGUUGGCCAAAGACAUUGGUGCUGUCAAAUAUUUGGAAUGCUCAGCAGCUACACAAAACGGUGUUAAGGAGGUUUUUGAUUUCGCAAUAAGAGCAGUAUUGGAUCCACCUGACUCACACAGUAAGGACUAUAUCAGCACAAAUAGUUUGAGUGGAUCAACAUUGAAUAAUAACGGGUCAGAUAGAGAUGGACCUGGUAAAUCGUCACAGCGGAAGUUUGUCAGUGGCGGAGGAGCUCUUGCUGGAAAUGGAGGCGCUAGUGGUGCACAAGGUAAGAGAAGGAAAAUCAAGAGGGCAAAGAAGUGUACGAUAUUGUAA